UCCGGGCGCGACAAUAGAAUUAUAACUAGUAUACCCAAGUGAAGCAUCAGCUGUCAGGAUGGUUGUCUCCGUGAAGGUCUUCAAGAAGGCCACUCCCAACGGAAAGGUUACCUUCUAUUUGGGCCGUCGCGACUUUAUUGAUCAUUUGGAUUAUAUUGAUCCCGUUGACGGCGUCAUUGUUGUGGAGCCGGAUUAUCUUAAGAAUCGUAAAGUAUUUGGCCAAUUGGCCACCACUUAUCGCUAUGGUCGCGAGGAGGACGAGGUCAUGGGUGUUAAGUUCUCCAAGGAGCUGAUACUCUCGCGGGAACAGAUUGUGCCCAUGACCAAUUCGAAUAUGGAGAUGACACCCAUGCAGGAGAAACUGGUGCGCAAGCUGGGCGGCAAUGCUCAUCCCUUCACCUUCCACUUUCCACCCAACUCUCCCAGCUCCGUCACGCUGCAGCAGGAGGGCGAUGAUCUUGGCAAGCCUCUAGGGGUGGAGUACACCAUUCGGGCCUAUGUCGCUGACUCCGAGGAUGAUCGUCAGCACAAGCGCAGCAUGGUCAGUCUGGUGAUCAAGAAGUUGCAGUAUGCUCCCUUGAAUCGCGGCCAGCGUUUGCCCAGCUCGCUGGUCAGCAAGGGUUUCACCUUCUCGAACGGCAAGAUCAGUCUGGAGGUUACGCUGGAUCGGGAGAUCUACUACCAUGGCGAGAAGGUCGCUGCAACGGUGCAAGUGUCGAACAACUCGAAAAAGUCGGUAAAGAGCAUCAAGUGCUUCAUUGUGCAGCACACCGAGAUCACCAUGGUGAAUGCACAGUUCAGCAAGCAUGUGGCACAGCUGGAGACCAAGGAGGGUUGCCCCAUUACACCGGGUGCCAAUCUGACAAAGACUUUCUAUCUCAUUCCGCUGGCAGCCAACAACAAGGAUCGUCAUGGUAUUGCACUCGAUGGUCAUUUGAAGGAUGAGGAUUGCAAUUUGGCUUCCUCGACCAUGGUGCAGGAGGGCAAGUCCACAGGCGAUGCUUGUGGUAUUGUCAUUUCUUACUCGGUUCGCAUCAAGUUGAACUGCGGCACACUCGGAGGAGAAAUGCAAACGGAUGUGCCCUUCAAGCUAUUGCAGCCGGCACCUGGCACCAUUGAGAAGAAGCGUUCGAAUGCCAUGAAGAAGAUGAAGUCCAUUGAGCAGCAUCGCAAUGUCAAGGGUUACUACCAGGAUGAUGACGAUAACAUUGUAUUCGAGGACUUUGCCAAGAUGCGCAUGAAUAAUGUUAACAUGGCCGAUUAAUCGAUCGAAUCGAUACCCAACCUUGGCAGAAUUUAAUCGAAACGUAUCGAAAGCACUGAAAACUGAUAAAAACUUUGUUGCAGCAGUCUCAAGUCUCAUCGGGGGCAACCAUCUUUGUAUUAUACUCGUAAAAAACGUAACCGUAAUCUAUAACGCGCUCUCUCCUGAUCUAAACAAACUUUAGUAGAUCUGGAGUUUAUAUCUAUUAUGUUGAAAUGCUGUCCUUCUAUUAUGUAAUUAUAAAUGUGUUAUGAGAAACAAA